UUCUUCUUCCUCUCCAAAGGCGACGAGAGAGCAUCAUGGACAACGAAAUAAAGUGGCUGUGGAGGACGACUCAGACGGAGGACUUUUACGCGACCUACACCAUCAGUUACCAGCUCACCCUCGCCACCCGCGAACCCCUGCUCGAGGACCACCUCCGCCAGGCCCUCACCCAUCUCUUCAGAAAGGUGCCUCUUCUGAGAGUAUGUUUCGGCAAACGUGAUGGUGAAAUGUGGAUCAGAGAGAUGGCGGAAGAAGCGUUAGAUUUCGAGGUUGUUUCGAAUGUCCCGAGAGAAGACAUACGCGAGAGUCUGCAGGCCUACCGCUACGACCUGAUGAAAGGUCCUCUGUGGUGCGUGAAGCUCCUCUCAGAGCCACCUUCCUCCCCGGUGGUUCCAGAGGGGGUUGACAUGACGAAGUUCUGUCACGUGUACACCUUGUUCUUGGGUCUUCACCAUGGCAUCACUGAUGGGAACUCCAACAUGAGGAUAUGUGGGUUUCUGGUCCAGAUCCUCGAAGCCGUGCUCGGGAGGAAGGACAUCGACGACGCUGAACAACUGGGCGUCUACGUUUCUGACGAGAGGACACAGCAGCUGCAGAAGGAGUACGUGGCGUCCCUGGAGGCCGACCCUGAACUCAGGAGCAAGGUGGUGGACGAGAUUCAGUCUCGCUACGGAAAAUACUCAUUAAUCAAAUCUACUUUUAAGGGAGUGGGGGAGAAAGUAGCAAAGACAGGGGUGUUGGAAAUGGACUUGGAUGCUGAUUCCACGAUCGCUUUUAUCAAACGUUGUCGAGCCGAAGGCGUCACCGUCAACUCGGCUUUUAUAGCUGCUACCAGCGUCUCUGUCGUCGACCUCCUGGUGGACGGAGGCCUCGAGCAAGACACGUACGACAUACGCAGCGACCACGUCCUCAACGCCCGUCGGUACUGGGCCGGCGAUACGUCUCAGUACCUCGGUUGCCACCUCCUCCCUCUUAUGCCCGUGGUCGCGAAGACGCCGCGAAACAUCACGGGAAAAUUCUGGGACUUCGCACGGUCCGUUCACCAGGAACUUCAGAAGAAGUUCAACGAAGGCGGACCUCUCCUCGAAGAAGCAGGGAGACACUUCAUGUCCGCAAACACAGACUUCGACCCCACUUUCCAGUACGAGUUUUGUUUGACCAACAUGGGCAACGUGACCAACCUGGUGACGGAAGGAGGCGACAACCUCCAGGCUCUUCACGUCAUCCGAACUGUCGCCAUGAAUACUGUUCCCUGCACCUGGAGUAUCCUGCUCCACACCUUCCGCAGUCGCCUGAUCCUCGCUCUCACCUACAACACGUCCUUCGUUAAUUCUGAAAUGGCGAGGAAAUUCUGCGACGGGAUCUUCUACCGCAUUAGGGAAGCAUUGUGAUCAAAGGACACGAGAUGGUAUUACAAUUUUGUGGAACAGAGGGAUUUUCCCAGUUUUUUUCACAUUAAUUGUGAAUGUUUUUUUUAUUAAUUUUUACUCGCACGCAUGUAUGUGUGUGUUCAUACAUAUAUACCCUUCUGCAUACAUUAUCUUUAAAUCUUUCACUUAUCAUGAAUUGUUUAACAUUUGCUUUGUGUUUUUUUUUAUGAACCAUUGUUAUAAGCAGCACUAUUUUUAAUUAUUGAUAUAGAGGGAAGGAAAGUGUUUUCUUAAAGUCUAAUAUCAUUAAAGAUAGUCUCAUU